CUGCCCCUGCCCAUCCAGGCCGACACUCGCUCCUUUCUCGAAAUUGCGGCAGCCUCCAGCCUCCAUUCAGGGCAGGCGCCGACCCACUCGCACCUCUUGGCCAAAGGGGCGCCCUCACGCCCGCCGGCCCUUCAUAUACCGCCCGCCUCGUCGCUGACCCGACUUUCUUUUCCUUCUCUUUCUUCACUGCAAAGGCUCACCUUCGCUUCCACCACAUUCGUUUGUCAUCGCGACACCAAGCUCUGUUUUACCAACCAUAGUCACUCUUUCCAGGACCGAUCCAACAUUCGCAGAAUUGACUUCUGCCUGGUUUUCUUCGCAGCAUCAAUAUCCGGCAAUCUCUCUCUCACGUUAUCGUCCCGUUCUUCGACUCGCUAGAAAAACACCCGUCAACUCAUACUCUUCAAGAUGAUGAAGCUCACCGUUGCCUUCUUGGCCGCUUUGGCCGCCGCUGAUGCCCAGGGUACCUCCUACGGCAAACCCGCCGGAGACUCGUACAACCAGGUCCCUCCCCCACCAGCUGUUUCCAGCGCCACCAAGCCCGUCGAGGCAGCCUCUUCCUCUGCUCCCGUUGGUGGCAGCUACGGCAACCCUCCUGUCGUCUCCAGCGCCGUCGUUCCCUCGAGCUCUGUUGCCGUUCCAUCGAGCGCCACCAAGCCUGUCGAGGGAGCCUCUUCCUCCGCUCCCCUUCCCCCACCAGCUGUUUCCAGCCAACCCCCAGUUGGCGCUGUUUCCAGCAAGCCCCCAGUCGGCGGUGAAUACGGCCAGGUUCCUCCUCCUGCUGCUUCUUCCAGCUCGGCCGCUGUCCCUGUUCCCUCCAGCUCUGCUGCCGUUCCUUCCAGCGCCACCAAGCCUGUAGGAGAGAACUCCUCCGCUCCCCCUGCUGUUUCCAGCCAGCCUCCCGUUGGCGGCGAGUACGGAAACCAGAAGCCCUCUUCUUCUGCUGCCGUCCCCGUUCCCUCUAGCUCGGCUGCCGUCCCCGUUCCUUCCAGCUCCGCUGCUGUUCCCGUUCCCUCCAGCUCGUCCGCUGUUCCCUCCAGCGCCACCAAGCCCGUUGGUGAGGUUCCCUCUGGAACUGCCCCUGCUGGCUCCGGCUACAUGCCCGUCAACCCCCCUGCUGGAACUGGAAACAUCCCCUCCGGUGUCAACCCACCACCCUCCGGUGUCCCCACUGGAUCCGUUCCCUCCGGCGUCAAGCCUCCCGUUGGCAAGCCAUCUGGCUCUGCUGGCGUUUCCUCUGCCGUCCGCCCUACCGGAUCUGGAGGCGUUCCCUACCCUCCUAUCAAGGAGUCCACCACCGUCAAGGCCGAGACUGAGUCUUCCAAGGCUUCCAGCUUCAAGCCCACUGGCACUGCUCCUUUCACCUUCAAGCCCACUGGCUCUUUCCCCGUCACUGGUAGCCAGAACACCACUGCUGGUGUUGACUUGACCACCUCCACCAUCUACUCUACUCAGUUCUUCACCGUCACUGCUUGCCCCCCAACCGUGACCAACUGCCCUGCCAGCGCCACUUCGCUCGUUACCAGCGUUGUUCCCGUUGCCACCACCGUCUGCCCCAAGAGCGAGGUUGAGGCUGCCACCACCAAGACCAUUGCUUCCUCCACCCCCGUCUCCACCUCCAUCCACAAGAUCACCGAGACCCUCACCUACACUGUCGGCACCGGCGAGAACGCCCACGAGACCACCACCGAGGUCGAGUCCACCUCCACCGAGACCAUCUACUCCACUGUCUUUGUCACCAAGACCAAGCCUGCUGGCGAGUUCCCCGAGCCCACUGGUGUCACCGGUAACUCUGGCGAUGACUCCGAGACUCCCUCCGACUCCGAGGUGCCUUCCGGCGGCAACGGCGAGACCGACACCACCAAGGUCAUCGACACCACCUCCAAGUCCACCAAGUACGUCACUGUCGUUCCCACCCCGGCUGCUUCUGCUCCCGCUAGCUCCGGCGAGGGCUCUGACUACCCUGUUGGUGGCAACUCUGGCAACACCCCUGCCGAUGGUGCCGACUGCGCUCCCCCUGUUACCGUCACUGCCACCGUCAAGGAGACCGUCUACGUCACUGCUGGUGUCAACACUGCUCCUGGAUCCAAGCCUACCGGUGGUGCUCCUUUCCCCCUUCCCGGCGGUAACGGAACCAUCCCCAUCUCCACUGGUGCCUCUGGUUUCUUGACCAAGACCCGCCCUGUCGGCUCCGGUUCUUCUUCUGCCGCUGUCAAGCCCAGCUCUGUCGCUUCCGACUCUGCUCUCCCCAGCCUCUCGCUCGUCUCUUCGGCCACCAAGGCUGUCGGCAGCAGCGCCGCUCCCUCCUCCAGCGCUAAGGCUUCAUCCGCCGCUCCCUCUUCCGCUGCUCCCGCCCCCUCUGCUUCCGCUCCCGGCGGUACCUACAACCAGGUCCCCCCUCCCCCUGCCCCAUCUGCCGGUGAAUCCUACGGCAAGCCCGGCAACACCUACUAAGCGAUUAGUUGGUUGAAGAUUUGAGGACGUUGCGCAUUGCCAUUUGAAAGAAAACCACCUUUCACUUCUUUAUGUAUCUCAUUGAUAUGAAACCCUCGAGCGUGCAUAUCUUGUCAUAUAUCCCCACUUUUACCCGGCAUUUUGUUUCCUAUCUUGGUUCGGCUUCCUGCGUGUGUUAGAAAAAGAAGAAAGAAAGGUUGGAUGCGAGAUGGUGAUAUGGAGGAUAGAAGGAGUGCUAGGCAAAUAAGAACUCGCAUGUACAGUUGUCAAUAUACCCUGUCUUUUCUUACUUACCUUUUGGCCUCCUUGUUUCAGAUGUUCCCACUUCUGAUGUCCCUGUAUCGUCGGUAGCUCAAAUCACCCUGGCUUUUCCGCCCCCACCUACUCUUGUUUCUAGUUUUGUUUUGGUCUUGCAUUGCUUGGGUGCGCGCGCUUGUGACGGCUUGUUUCUCUUUGAUAUCUUUUUUGUUGUUGAUUUUCUUGUACUUGGCCAGCUAGCAUCGUUGCGUGUCUUUAGUUUCCUAUGUCAAUCAUCGUUUUUGUUGUUUAUCAAGAUUCGCAAUCAUCAUCAUCAUCGUCUGCUAAAGCAUUUCGAACAACAAUCAUCGUAGCGUAGCCAUGAAAACUGGUUUUUUUGUGGUUAUGGUAUCUAUCAUAGUUUGCUGCUUGAAACGAUUAUUCCACACUUUGAUAUCAUGGUUCCAAAUUUGUCGAAAUCUUUUUUUCUUUUGUGGUGUCGACGACGCGAGACGAGUGCAGUGAUGUAACCAUGAUUCUAUGAUGAAGUGAUUGAUUGCAUGAUAGGCGUGUGUGCAUAGCAUCAUAGCAGAGCGAGUAUAGGAUAGAGAAAAAUAGUCAAGGUGGACGUCGAGUUUUCUAACUCCAACGACGUGUUGCGCUACUAUAUACUAUCCUGCCUUCCUCCUUUUCUGCCUCUCAUUUAUUCUUUCUCUCUCUCUCUCUCUCUCUCUCUCUUGUUACUUAACGUACGUACUCGUACUCGUCUUCGUAUUUGUUGUUGUUCUGUUCCUUUCUUUCUUUCUUGAGCUGAAAGACUGGCGGACUGACUGAGACGGAGAUUGUGUGUUUUGUGUGCCGUUGCGGCGUUGCAGCGUCGCGGUACGUACGUACGUACUGCUGUUUUUGAUGACUCGCUCCUUUUACACUCUUCUACAACAUGCAAGGUACUCUAAUAAUGUAUUAAGAUCUAAUAUAGCAGAAGCAUAGUGUACUGUAAUUAUCCUUGCGAAUAUAAGAGUUAAUAACAAUCUAUUAAACUAUCCCUACCUAUCUAGCAAUACUGUCUUACUGCGAUAUCGAGUAUACCUUGGCAAGUAUGUGGAGGUGGAAAGGGGAGGUUUAGGAUGUGGGUAUUUGUGUACGAUUCCAAAUCAUGUAUUUUCGAUCUGUCUAGAUAGUGAAAUGGUUUGCUGGCCAAGGCAAUUCUCUGAUUGGCAGAAGUUCAGCCCCGCAUCUUCUCGUGACUUCACUCCAUCUGCUGGAAAUCUCAAGACCACGUCAACCGCGAAUCUUACAUGAGCUAGGUCGGUGAAAGAUCAGUUCACACGCUUUGAAUUUACAGUGCUGCAUUGGCUAUUGCCGCUCACGUCAUCAUCACCAUACUCAAUCUUUUCACGGCGACGCAGUACAAAUCUGUACUCCAAACUCGGCGUCUGUAUAAGGCACGUAUUCCCUACUAUCUGCGCCAACCUAUACUCUUUGAUCAACCAAAGCACCAACCAUCACGGGGCUAAUGCAUAUGUAGGCAUUUCCAACAGU